GGUUUUUUCUUUUAAAUAGAAAAAUAAUAUUAAAAAGAAAUUGAACAAAUAAUGCUAAAAGAAAAAGUGAAAGUUGGGUUAAGAGAGUAACGUAGAUUAGAUUGUUUAGAUGUAACAGCAUAGAAGAAGGGCAGGAAAAAAAAGCAGGUACGACCGGUAAUUCCAGAAAGAGAGCGUGGAGUUUUACGUCAAAUAAUACCCAACGCCAGAUAAAUACAGCCAAAUUCCCAACUCUACGUUACCAAACAAGCCGGCACCUCACCGUCACGCCGGUGAAGAUGACUACCUUGACUUGUCCAAUUGAACAUCGCCACCUCAUCAAUUCCAUCCUUAUUCACUUCCACGUGUUCCUUUCUUCUGUACCUCCUCGACGGAAGUCGUCAAACCCCACCCAACCUCUCAUCCCUCUCUCUCUCAGCUUUUUCCGUCAACCGAGAAAAAAAAAUAAUUAGAAAAAAAAGAAAAGAAAAAAAUUAAGAGAAAUUGUAAUUCGCAAACGUGAAAAGCCGGUCAACCAAAUCCCUCAUCCACUCUCUCUCUCCCUAAAACGACACUUCCCACCUUUCAAUUAUCGGAUCGGCGAUAUCCUGCGCACAACGGCGCACAUUAGCACCCAUCACAGAUCGGUGAUCGUCUCCGAAGUUCGUGAACCAUAACUCCGCUACAGAUAUCUCGCCGAAAGCUUAAAUCUUUGGCCGUUUCCGUUUGUCUUAGAUCGGGAUUAUCAUGGAAGAGGACGACGAGAUCCAGUCACAUCCGUCGCCGGGAAGUGGAUCUCCGGCGUCGCCGAGGUCCAACGGUCGGAUAACGGUGACGGUGGCGUCGGCGCCACCACCUCAGCCACCGAGUCAGAGCCCGUUGACCCUGGCCCUUCCCAUUCAGCAGACAACGACGAGGAACGGUGGAGGAGGAGGAGGAGGAAUAGGAGGAGGAGGGGGAGGGGGUGGCGGUGGUAGAGAGGAUUGCUGGAGCGAGGGAGCGACGUCGGUUCUGAUCGACGCUUGGGGCGAGAGGUAUUUGGAGCUGAGCAGGGGGAAUCUGAAACAGAAGCACUGGAAGGAGGUUGCCGAUAUCGUGAGCGGGCGAGAGGACUACGCGAAGACCCCAAAGACGGAUAUUCAGUGCAAGAACCGCAUUGAUACAGUGAAGAAGAAGUACAAGCUCGAGAAGUCCAAGAUUGCCGCCGGUGGAGGACCCAGCAAGUGGCCUUUCUACGAACGCCUCGACCAUUUGAUUGGUCCCACCGCUAAGAUUGCCGGCCCUGCUAGCCAUACCACUCCUUUAGCCAUUUCAUAUCCGCAGCAAAACCAGAAGGUUCCGUUGGCAAUUCCAGUUGGGGUUCGCGGCGGGGCGAGUCAAUUUCAAGGACAACAACGUGAUCAGAAACACCACCACCACCACCACCACCAACACCAGCCAGUGCAGUCCAAGUCUCAGAAGAUGCAGUUUAGGAGACGUGGUGGUGGUCCAAUCGAUUCGGAAUCGUCCGGGGAUGCUUCGCCGGCUUCGACGGAUAGUUUGCCGCCGGAGAUUUACGACAGGAAGAGGCCGAGGGUAGUUAGAGAUAUGGGUUCUAAUCCGGCGAGGGUAGGAGGAGCAAGUGGAGGAGGAUUGGCAGCGACCGGUGGAGGAAGAGAUGGUGGCAGAGAUAGUAAGAAAGGUUGGGGAAACGCUAUGAAGGAAUUGACGCAAGCGAUAUUGAAGUUUGGGGAAGCGUAUGAACAAGCCGAGAGCUCAAAGCUGCAACAGGUUGUGGAGAUGGAGAAGCAGAGGAUGAAGUUUGCCAAAGAGCUGGAACUGCAAAGAAUGCAGUUCUUUAUGAAAACCCAGUUGGAGAUCUCGCAGCUGAAGCAUGGAAGGAGGGGUGGGAUUGGUAAUGCUAGUAAUCACCACAGCAACGCCAAUAACAACAAUAAUAGCGAUAGCAGUAAUUAGGAUUUUUAGAUUUUGGCUGAUUUGGGGUUUGGUUUCUGUGUUUAAUGGGAGAAAGAAAGACCCACCACCACCGUGUUAGUAAAAAUUUGUAUUUGGGAACUUUGGUAGGUCUUGAGUGUAUCUGUUUCUUUAUCCUUAAUUUAAUCACAAUUUUAACUUUGUCAAA